GAAUCAGUUAAACUAUUUUUACAAAGACGAGUUUGCAGGAUCAGGCCUCUUGCUGACAUUGUUUGUGUUUUCUCCUCUUUCUGAGAAAGUUAACAUGUCGGCUGGAAAAAAUUAUCUCCAAGGCACCUGAGAAGGCUGCUUCAGAAACACCCUCAUGCUUAAAAAAAAAAAAAGACAGUUGUGUGACAGGUGAAUUUGUGCUAAACUAAAAGGCACAAGAAUUGCAAAGUGCCAUGAUAUUUCCUUGGAGAAGACCAGGACAAGGUGAUAAUGAACAACGUGUUUCUCCUGCUCACGCUAGUGAUGAUGUCACCUUCUGCCUCUUUUACCCGCAAGGUGAAGCGGCAGAAUGAUGUCUGGGGGAGCUGGGGAGAAUGGCAUGAGUGCAGUCGGACUUGUGGUGGGGGCAUUAGCUUUCGGCAACGACUUUGCCAUUCACAAAGGACAGAUGGUGGGUCCAGUUGCGUUGGACCAUCGGCAAGCUACCGCUCAUGCAACGUUCAGAGCUGCCCUGAGGACUCCCGGGAUUUCCGAGCAGAGCAGUGUGCUGAGUUUGAUGGGGUGGAAUUCCAAGGAAAGAGAUACAAAUGGCUUCCUUAUUACGGCGCCCCCAGUAAAUGCGAGUUAAACUGCAUUCCCAAGGGAGAGAACUUCUACUACCGGCACAAGGCAGCAGUGAUUGAUGGGACACCCUGUGAACCAGGCAAACAGGAUGUUUGUGUCCAGGGAGUCUGCCAAGCAGUUGGCUGUGAUAACAUGCUGGAUUCUGCUAAGAAGGAGGACAAGUGCCUGCAGUGUGGAGGGGAUGGCAAGGCCUGCUAUGAAGUGAAGGGCACGUUUGAUGUGCCUAACCUCCCCAAAGGUUACAAUCAAAUCUUCAUCAUCCCUGUGGGAGCCACGAGUAUCCGCAUUAAGGAAGUUGAACCUACCAGGAACUUUCUGGCCAUCAAGAAUGCACAGGGCGAAUACUAUCUGAAUGGGCACUGGACGAUUGACUUCAGCCGAGCACUGCACAUUGCCAGCACAGUUGUGCAUUAUGAUCGAGGCUCUGAAGGAGACCUGGCCCCUGAGCUCCUCUAUGCCAGGGGCCCCACCAGUGAACCCUUAGUCAUUGAGCUUAUCAGCCAGGAGACAAACCGAGGAGUGCAGUAUGAGUACUACCUGCCCUGGUAUGGACAAAACACAGGUUACAGCUGGAGCUAUGGCUCUUGGAGUGAAUGCAGCUCUGAGUGUGGAGGAGGUUUCCAGUCACGCUUGGUGUUUUGUACCAUAGACAAUGAAGUUUAUCCAGACUACAUGUGCAGGGAUAAACCAAAGCCAGUCAAUAACCGGACGUGUGGUCAUCAGAACUGUCCACAGACAAAGCGGAUUUCUUACGUCUAUCUGCCGGGAGUGUGGAAAAACAAUUGGAGAUCUCGGAAGAGAAGCUGGAAAACUGGGGAGUGGGGACCCUGCUCGGCCACCUGUGGAGGGGGCCUGCAGACCCGUUCGAUUUACUGCACAUCACAUGAUGAAAGAAGCUUCGAGGAAGUGGUGGAUGAUGGGGAGUGUGCAGCUUUAACACAGCGCCCCCGGGCCAUGCAGUCCUGCAGUGUGCAGCAGUGUGCAGCAUGGAGCACAGGGCCCUGGUCUGAGUGCUCCAUGACAUGUGGUGAAGGCAUUCAAACCCGGAGUGUCGUCUGCAGAUCAGAGCAGGGUGCUCAGACUUUAGACGUUGCUUGCCUGCAAGAGUCUAAGCCAGUGGACACCCAGGCCUGCCUCAGGGAGACAUGCCUUCAGGAAAUUGGUUGGCACGUUGGAGACUGGGGCCUGUGUUCAAAAAGCUGUGGCUCAGGCUUCCGAACACGCCAGGUCAUCUGUGCUGAUGGGGAGUCCAGACUCUACAGCCCCGAGGCAUGCCAGGCCAUUCAGCCACAGGUACCAGCCAGGCUGGAAAACUGCAACACUCAGCCCUGCCACCUGCCACAACAGGUCCCCAGUAUGCAGAACACUGUGGGCUAUGACAUCAGCCGACAGUUCUUUUUGAUCCGCUACCACCCAGACAGCACUGCCACAGUUCAUAGAGAUGAAAGAACAAACCAAGGAAGUUUGACACGACACCAGACCAACGAGGACCGUGGCUCUAACUUCUUGCCUCUUCACAUGAAAUCCCACUCCAUCCCCUUGGGAUCCCAGCAGUUCAGCUCUUCUCAGAAUAUUUCCCCUGGGAAUGGUCCUCAGGUCUGUAACCAGGGCUCUUACGGCUGCUGCCCAGAUGGCCGUACUCCAGCUUCUGGCCCCUUUGGGCAAGGCUGCUCCAUGAGCGUGUGCCAUCAAAGCAGGUAUGGAUGCUGCCCUGAUGGAAUAUCCACUGCCCAGGGCCCAAGCAACAUGGGAUGUUCAGAGUAUUACAGAGAUGCUUAUGCGAGCAGUGAUGGCCUCACUACAGCCUCCCCAGCAGCAAGCCAGGCUUUGUCCCAGCAGCACCAGUCGGAUCAAUGCCGAGGUUCAAUGUAUGGCUGCUGCUAUGACAAUGUUGCUUCAGCUUCAGGACCUGAAGGCGAAGGGUGCUUCCAUAGACCCUGGCAACCCUACCCGGUCAGGUGUCUGCUGCCUAGUGCCCAUGGCCCCUGUGCAGACUGGACCGUUCGCUGGUACUUCAUAACUGCCGUCGGCAAGUGCAACCGGUUCUGGUAUGGCGGCUGCCACGGCAACCAGAACAACUUUGUCUCGGAGGAGGAGUGCAUGACGGCAUGCCACGGGUCUGUGGGAGCAAGUGACGGGAGGCACCGCCAGCACUCGGAGACUUUGCAUGUCCACUCUGGGUCCCACCUGCAAAAGGGCAGUGCCCAGGGCCAGCAGCAGCCGCUUGCAAGAGGGACCAUGCAUCAAGGCCAAGGAGGAGAGCAAAGGUCCUCCCAUUUUGCUUCAGUCAGGCCUGAGAGCCCCGCUGCCUGGCAGGACACAGGGCUGCACCACAGGGAGGGCAGCUGGAGGAGGGUCAUGAAUUUUGAUGUGCUGCCAGCAUCUCCUCAGAGACCUGGCACAGUGGAGAGCCAGCAUGGAGGUCCCCACCAUGCUGCAGUGGGUGGGGAAAGGAAAACAGAUGGGUUACACAGCUUGGGUGAGACCGUGGUACCUGGGCACUCUGAGAGACAGGUGGUGCAGCGUGUGGGCGAGCAAUGGCAGAGCUCUUCUGAAGGAGAUGUGUCAGCAGUGGAUGGAUUCGGGCGUCGAGCCUCAGCAGGGUUCUCCUCUCUGCAAACCCUGAACAGGGUCAUCCUGGAGGGAGUUGAGUCUUCCCUAGUGGAGGCAUCUGUGGGACAAAAUAUUCGGCUUCUUUGCAAGACAGGCACUUCUCACUUCUCCAGAGCUGAGUGGCAGAAGGAUGGGCGGCCAGUAUCAUCUGCAAGGCACACCUACCAGUCUGACAGUUCCUUGGUGGUCAGCCAGGUCAGGCCUGAGGAUGCCGGGACUUACACGUGCAUCAUUUCUAAUGGGCGGAUGGAGAGACGAGAGAUUCGGCUAAGGAUCAAAGAGGGCCAUGGAUCUGCUCUGGCAGAGAGCAGGAGAGGUCAGCAUCCUUCUGAGGAGACUCAUCCACACAGAGACCUCUCCAGGGAAGUUAAAACUGUGCGUGUACCCAGUUCCUCAGUUUAUCAACAACCCUCGUAUAGAUUAAUAAUGGCUAAGGAGGAACCGUCAGUGGUGGAUGCCAACAUUGGGGAGAGAGUCAGAUUGCCCUGCCGUGUAGAAGCCUCCCCUGCUUUAACCAUCCAGUGGCAGAAGGAUGGGCGGCCUCUCUCCUCUCCCAGGCACAGACAGCAGGCAGAUGGUGCCCUGGUGAUCAGUCGGGUCAGUGCUACAGAUGCCGGCUUCUUCACCUGCAUUGCUUCGAAUGAGCAUGACCAGGACCAGCACCGGGUCCAGCUCCGUCCCAUAGGAGAGCUGAGGAUCACCGGCCUUCUACCAAGCAUCACCGUGACUGAAGGGGAGGACGCACAUCUCCGCUGCACUGUGACAGGCAACAAGGUGACAGUGAGAUGGUCGAGGAACGGGGUGCCAGUGCGAGCAGAUGGCCACCAUGUCUAUCUAUCCCAAGACGGAUCCCUCAUUAUCAACAAUGCCCAGGCAGGAGAUGAGGGAUCCUACACCUGCAGCGCCUACCGUGGAAGCAACUCAGUUAGUGCCAGCACGGAGGUAAAAGUGGUCAGGAGCAGGCCUGAAGGCACCGUGAAUCAUGUUGUGGACCUGAGUAGAGAGUGCGUUGACCAGCCACACCUCGCCAACUGUGAUCUGAUCCUACAGGCCCAGCUCUGCAGUAAUGAGUAUUACUCCAGCUUCUGCUGUGCCAGCUGCUCUCAGUACCAAGGCAGCCUGCCUCAGCACCAGGGUUGAGAUGCCCUUACCAGCCAACUCCAAAGCAGCCUGGGACUCCAAGUGGCGAUUAGCUGGACAGGAACAGGAAUGGAAGACAGAAUUCACCCUUUUACUCCCCAUAUCCCACAGCAUUAUGGCUCAGCAGUGUUCAUUACUCAAGUAGGCUGUUUUGCUGACUUCAUGAACUGUAUUGGGUGUAACUGUA